CAGAGAGGGAUCUCUCUUUCCUGAUACUCCGGGUUAGUGAACAACAUGGAUAAAGGGAAGAGGCAUGGCGGGGGGCGGGGAGCUCAGCCAAGUUGUCUGCAACUGAUAAAAAACAGUAUUUCGUGUUUCAGACGACCUCCACGGAAACCCGUUGCGUCAUGUUCUUUUGGGAAAUGAGCGUGGGGUGUUAAAGACAAGCUUUGGUCAAAGUGACUCCCUCUACUUUCACAUUUACCUCCGCGCGGUAGCCGGUUGAUGGAAGAGAGGUCUCCACGAAAGGAUUAGUCGGUGUCCAGAGCGCGUGCGCGCUCAGCUGCUGCAGCAACAGUUCCUCUUCAAUAAAACGCGUCUUCGAUGGCUAAAUACAAGCCCUGGCUGGUGUGCUGCUUCAUCUUGGCUGGGUUGAUCAGUGCGGUUGCUCUCGUGUGUCUAUGCAUCGUCUCAUUAGUGGGCAGAGAGUGUGCCAGCGGCAGCUUCGCGCACGCGGCUGUCGCUGCAGACUCGCUGCGUUGCUCCGAGGUUGGCAGGAGCAUGCUCCAGCAAGGGGGGUCGGCAGUAGAUGGCGCCAUUGCAGCUCUUCUGUGCACAUCUGUGGUCAAUCCUCAGAGCAUGGGGAUCGGAGGAGGAUCUAUAGUAACCAUAAGAAAUAAAAAAGGCAAAGUUGAAGUCUACAACUUCAGAGAGACUGUCCCACAGUCUUUUAAAAGUAACCUGUUAAAUGACUGUAAAAGCUCAUUCACACUGGCCACAGGCAGCCAAUGGAUCGGCGUUCCCGGAGAGCUGCGGGGCUACGAGGCCAUUCACAAGCAGUACGGGAAGCUGCCUUGGGCCAAGCUGUUUGAGCCAACUAUCAAACUGGCCAGGGAGGGCAUCGCUCUGCCGGUGUACCUGGGAAACCUUCUGAAGUUCUCUCUUGUGAAAGAUCACGUGGAGAAAUCUUCUCUCUGUGAAGUUUUGUGCAACAAAAACAAAACUGUUCUGAGCGCAGGGGACAUUCUGAAGUUUCCUAAACUUGCAGAAACCAUGGAAACAAUUGCAGAGCAAGGGGCCGAUGCCUUCUACACGGGCAAGAUAGGACAAGACUUGAUCCGAGACAUAGAAGCUGCAGGUGGGACUUUGAAAAUUGAAGAUCUGAAGUCCUUCCAGGUGCGUGUGGAGGACGCGUGGACAGUUCCUGUGGGAGACACUAAGAUGCACUUCCCUCCACCACCUGCAGGGGGCCCCCUGCUUGCCUUCCUUCUCAGUCUGAUGAAAGACUUCCCCUCGUCUCCGAAGUCCCUGGAUGGGGACCAGAAGAUCCAGACAUACCAUCAUUUCAUCGAGGCAGCCAAGUUCACGAAUGGACAAAGGAAGAGCAUUAAUGAUCCCAUCUUUAAUGACAUAAAGAGUGCAGAUCAUUUAAUUGAUCCCUCCUUCAUUAAUCACAUCAGAGACAUGAUCUCUUCCAACCGCACCCAUGACAACUCUUACUACUACAACGCCAAGCCCUCCCGUGACCACGUGGGGACGACUCACGUGUCGGUCCUGGACCGAGAUGGACUGGCCGUCUCUGCAACCAGCACCAUAAACCAUUUAUUUGGAGGAGGCAUCUACUCUCCACGAACAGGCAUCAUCCUCAACAAUGAGCUGAGUGACUUCUGUGGGAGAGCCGACACUGUGAGGGCAGGUAAAGUCGCAGACGUCAACAUGGACUUUCAAAAUGAGAUAACGGAAUCAAAGACGAAAAUCAUUCUUAAAAAAUGGGGUUUCAUUGUCACAGGUGAGCGGCCUCCUUCCUCGAUGAUUCCAGUAAUACUGGAGUCAAAGUCUGGAGGCCUCCUUGUGAUUGGUGGAUCAGGAGGAAGCAUGAUUACCUCAGCAGUGGCCUUGUCUAUAGUAAAUCGCCUGUGGCUCGGGAUGAAUCUGAAGGACGCCAUUGCUGCGCCGAUCGUCUUUGUGGAUUCUAGCAACAAUGUCAAUUUUGAGCCUGGUUUUAACAAGUCUGUGAUAGAUGGCCUCGCAGCUCUCGGACAUAAGCCAGGCAGCUGGAAAUACUUCUUCAAUGUAGUCAACGCGGUGGAAAAGGAGAAUGGAUGCAUUGUGGCCGUAUCGGACAGCAGGAAAAACGGGAUGUCCGCUGGAUACUAACCACACAGAGGCUCCGCCCUGAAGACUGAACCGUGAGCCUCUUUAGCUUUGAGAACAUGUGCCAACAACAGAAUGUGAGAAAUGUGGCUCUUUUUUGGUGACUUACACAAAACUACCAACCAUAAAAGAUGAUGCCGGUUUUAUAUGUACGCAUCUUUUAAAUGACAUUGUAUUCAUCAGACUUCUUUUGAGGUGAUCAGAUCCCUCCUUAUAUAAACACAUUUUCAAUCCUGCCAGUCAUCACACACACAAAGUCAUUCUACCUAAACGCUAUAGACCAACUCGCAGGGAGCACAGCAUGAAGCUGCUACUUGCUGCAGAGGCAUAACCAAGUCCUGUAUCACAACAAUAUUUUUUUUAUCUACGACUGUUUCACUUUGUAACUUUGUGUAAGAACUGUUCGUCGUAGAUGAGCCUUGAAACACUUUUUAAAGUGACGUCUUGCCAAAGAGGAAACUUUUACUGUGACCGUAAACAUGUUUACCGUUUGUGUGAAACAACUCUUCAGGUCCUUGAGCAUGUUGUGAGGUAUUUUUAAUAUUAAGUGAAUGCUGUAGAAUUUCAUCUAAAAAAUUUAAACAAAAAGAUAAAUGAAAAACAUACCUGUAUUUUAACACCACCACCGUGUAAUUUUGUUUUUGUAUUUUUAACGUUGAAAUGCUUUGUAAAACAAUGACACAUUUUUAUAACUUUCUAACUGUGAAUAUCCGUGUUGUCGCACUUAAAGAUCGAUGCCAAACGAG